GGGAGUGUGAGGCGGGUUUAGUGAGCGGCCGGUGUGGCGGUGAAGGCUGUCACUUGUCACCCACAGCGGGUCCUCCUCAUCUCCACCCUCCUCGCCCCCAGGGAAGUUGAGGAUGAUAGGUGGGUACCAAUUUCCCUCCCUAACAACAAUUAUAUGUGGUUUGUUUGCGGCUUACAUCAUACAGUCAGCAUGGACCCUAGGCCAGCUCUUCAUCACUCCAGACUGCCCGGACCCUUCAAAAUGCAUACUUCCACUCAUUGCCAAGAACCCUAAACUGCAGUUACUGGCAUUUACGUCUCAGAAAACAAUGCCAGAGUAUGCUAGCGACCUUCACCUUAUCCACCAUGUGCAAGACUUUGACUACACAAUGGAGCAGGAGACAACAGUGGUGGUGCCGAUUCCCAGAUGGGUUCGCAACAAUGGCUCAAUGUAUCUCCACAUUUUCCUGACUUCGCGUGGAAUUGAUCCACAUGAAUGGGGAAGUGUGGUAAACGAUGAGAAUUCUGUGUAUGGAUUAGCUCAUUUAACACAAUACCACAUUCCUGACGCCACAGCUUUCAACUUACUGGGCAAGGAAAAAGAUGAGACGGGAAAACCAUCUUCUCAAGGAUGGAAACCAGUUACACACUUCCAGUCUCUAGUUGUGUUCAAUAUUCUUACUGACCCCGUCCGUCUUCCACGCAAAGAUAUGCCCUAUGAUAUUGGGCAUUCACUGAGGUUACAUCCCAGUGGUAACUACCUGCCAGUACUCCACGUUGACCGCCUGAGUGCUCGCCUUCGUGAUCUUGUUGAAAUAAAGCCGUCCUCCAAGGAAGCAAACCUAACCCUUAGAUAUGCACCCAUUUCAUAUGGCAAACUGAGACUAUGGAUGCAGUUUGAGGGAGCUCUUACCCCAAUGGCUCACUUAGGCUUCACUGUCAAAGACUUGGAUGAAGUGAAGGGUAUUUUCUCCGAUACCAACCUCUACUUCCUUUUUAUAACCUUCCUCGUUGCAGCGUUACAUCUGUUGUUUGACUUUUUAGCCUUCAAAAAUGAUAUAUCCUUCUGGCAAAGACGUAAAACUAUGGCCGGGAUCUCGACAUCUACUGUGGCAUGGCGUGCCGUGUCCCAGAUAAUCAUCUUUCUGUAUCUCAUGGAUGAGAGCACAAGUUUAUUGGUCUUGAUACCUGCUGGAAUUGGUGGUAUCAUUGAGCUUUGGAAGGUAACGAAAGCAUUCCAUAUCAAGUUUGAAGGUUGGCGUCCACGAUUCCACCGUUCAAGGACGUCGGCCGAGAGUGUCACUCAGGCUCUUGACUCUCAGGGAAUCAAGUACCUCAGCUAUUUGUUGUAUCCAUUAUUAAUUGGUGGUGCGGUGUACUCGCUUAUGUAUACUCCACAUAAGAGUUGGUAUUCGUGGGUGAUCAACUGUCUAGUGAAUGGUGUCUAUGCUUUUGGGUUCCUGUUUAUGCUUCCACAAUUGUUUAUCAACUACAAGCUGAAGAGUGUUGCACAUCUCCCGUGGAAAGCCUUCAUGUACAAAGCUUUCAACACAUUUAUAGAUGAUCUCUUUGCUUUUAUCAUUACAAUGCCCACAGCCCACAGAGUUGCUUGCUUCAGGGAUGAUAUUGUGUUCGUCAUCUAUCUUGUCCAAAGAUGGAUGUAUCCAGUUGACAAGAGUCGCAUAAAUGAAUUUGGAGAAUCUGGAGAGGAACAACAGCAGCAGCAGCAGAAGAAGAAGAGCAAAAAGGAAUAAGCUAUUUAUUUUUUCAACUAAGUUUGAAUAUAUAUUUUGAACUUGCUGGAAACCUGACAAUAAACAAAUGCUCUUUAUUGUGUAAGACAAUCAAAACUUUCCUCUUUUAUUGGAGCUAAUACAGCAGUGUGUACGUGUGUGUGUGUGUGUGUGUAUGUGUAGUCACACAUGCUCAUGUGUGUGUAUGUGUAGUGCAGGUCACACAUGCUCAUGAUUGUCUAUUAUUGGAAGUAUAUCCUGUGUGGAUCAUUGCCAUUUAUGACAGAUACUGUUAGAGCCAGUCGCUGAGCAACAAUAUUAGAUAUUUCAUACUCUUAUUUGCAUAUACACGUUCAUACAUAGGUGUGAAUUUAGUCAUAUUUUAAUAGCUUGUGGGGUCAGAUUAUUGAGCAUUAUUACUUUCUGAGUUCUGGUGCUUGGCCUUGAGCCCAAAAUGUUGUUAUAUUCCAGUCAAGUUGACACAAGUGUAAUGAACCAAUUUUGACCAAAAGCUAAAGCCACAGCUAUUAAUAUUGACCUUAACAAUACCACCCACACAAGUUGUCUAUUAGCAUUGUAUUAAGCUUUGUGCAAUAUUGUGAGGAACAUAUGCUAAUUGAGGACUCAAGUUCACAGAGAAAAGAAAUGGCUUGAAUUAAGUGUGUUGAGAGAGCCAAAUAGGCUACGUGCAACUAUCCUAGCAUAUCGAUCUGUGAUCAAUCUUGCACACGAUUAUAAACUAGGACUGUACUGGCACUGGAGACUUUUAAUAUCAGAAGUCCAAUCAUAGACAGAGGCAAUUUACACUAAAAAUGACUUGCUCUGGUGGUGGUGUUGUAAUGUGGUCUUAUACUUACAACAAAGGCAAUUUUAUUUAA